AUGCUUUCGUUUUCGGUCUCUGGUUUUUGGGUCCCUUCAAACCCCUCAUUCCCUUACCGCAGGCCAUCGCCAACAACGAGUGCAAGCUUUCACAUUGACACCCCACAAGACCCAAACAACACUCAUGGCUUCAAAUUUGAACAGAACGCUUCUUCUGAGGAUAAAGUUGAAGACUUUCAAAAAGAAAAGGUGAGUGGGAGAGGGAGAUUGAUUGGGGUCAACUCAGUUCAGGGUGGUCUUGGAAGGAAGAAAAAGGCGAAGGAGAAAAUUCACUGGGUUUGUAGCAAUUGUGGGUACAGUACUGGGCAAUGGUGGGGUGUGUGCAGAUCCUGCAGUGUUGCUGGCACUAUGAAGGAGUUUCAUGAAUCAAAAUCCAGUGAUGCAGAUGGUAAGGUUAGUGGGUUUUCAGUUUUGGAUGAUGCUGUGGGGUCAUGGCUUCCACACCAAGAAGGUGAGUUACGUCCCUUGAGAUUGGCAGAGGUAAACAGGGGACUUGAUCAUCUUCAUUGGAGAAUUCCAUUGUCAGGUUCUUUUGGAAAUGAAGUUUCUAGAGUACUUGGUGGUGGUCUUGUACCAGGCUCAUUGACUUUAGUUGGUGGUGAUCCUGGCAUUGGGAAGAGUACUCUCUUGUUGCAGAUUGCUGCAAUAAUUGCAGAAGCGCACAAUGAUGGUGAAGCAUCUCCAGUCGUGUAUGUCUCUGGUGAAGAGAGUGUCGAGCAAAUUGGUAACAGAGCAGAUCGCCUUAGGAUUGAAUCAGAUAUUUAUUUAUAUUCAAGUAAUGAUAUUGAGGACAUAUUGAAGAAAGUUCAGUAUCUCUCCCCCGGGGCUUUAGUUGUUGAUUCAAUACAAACUGUUUAUUUGAAAGGAAUCAUGGGAAGUCCUGGAGGGAUUAUGCAGGUGAAGGAGUGUACUUCAGCAUUACUGCGAUUUGCAAAGAAGACGAACAUCCCAAUUCUUGUGAUUGGACACGUGACAAAAUCUGGAGAAAUAGCAGGACCUCGUGUCUUGGAGCAUAUUGUUGAUGUUGUUUUGUAUAUGGAAAGUGGGUUGGAUGGUUUGGUGUGGCACAAAGAUGGUCACAUUGGAUCCCAUCUUUGUGUGGGGCAGGCUGCAGCAUUUGGUGGAGUUUAUCUCUGA